UGAAAAGAUAAUAAGAUAAACUAAUUAAUUAAUAAUUUGCAGGUCGGGGGAGUGCUCUUAGUCAUCAUCGCCUCAGCGUCGGCAGCGCCUCAGUUUCAGUUCAAUGACGCGCAGCCGAUGCCCUACGACUUCGCUUACGGCGUGAACGUCGAGAGCACAGGAGACGUGAAGGAACACAAGGAGUCCGUGUCGCCUUCGGGAAGAACCGAGGGCGAAUAUCGCUGGCUGCAGCCCAAUGGACUUUACAGAGUAACGCGAUACUUCGUCGACGGAGACGGAGGAUACCAAGCCUCAGUGAGCGAGGAACCCGGAGACCAGGUGUCCAACUACUACUUCAGUUCUCUGGCCAACGCCGGCUCCUCCAGCAGCACACAGGUGUCACAGCAGGGCUUCAGCAGCUCGCAGUCGUCAGGUAACGGUGCAGCAUUCAGUGGGUCCCGCUUUUCAAGCAACCAGCAAGCCUUCGGCACUUCACAGUUCUCUGGGAAUCGGCAAAUCUUCGGGAAUUCACAGUCGUCAGGAAACCAAUCGACAGGAAACCAAGCAGCCUUCGGCAAUUCGCAGUUUUCGACCAACCAACAGUUCUUUGGCAACUCGCAGUCUUCCCUCGACCAGAACCGCUUCCUCUCCUCGCAAAGCCUCCAAAACCAGCCCAAUUCUCAGACUGGGAACUUCGUCGGCAGCAGCAUCAUUGACGGCGGCGUGAUCAGUGGCGGCGUCAUCGACGGAGGCGUCAUUGACGGGGGCGUCGUCAACGGAGCCACUUUCGGAGCCACCAACGCUUUCAGUGACAGCAACAGCUUCAGUCAGGGCGUGACAAGCUUCCAGACGUCAGUGGCUGACAGGAGCGACAUCAACCGAGGCGUUGCUGUGAUUCUGGCUGGCAGUUCUUUGCCUAAUUCUUUCAGGGGGUGA